AUGGAAGUGAAAGCAAGUGUAACUAGCAACUCAAACAUCACCACCAUGCUCCAAAGUGAUGAUGAUGAGAUGGAUCUUCGAAGAGGUCCAUGGACUGUUGAUGAAGAUCUUGCUCUCAUCAAUUACAUUGCAACUCAUGGUGAAGGUCGUUGGAAUACCCUUGCUCGUUCUGCUGGACUCAAACGAACGGGUAAGAGCUGUAGAUUGAGAUGGUUGAAUUAUCUUCGGCCGGAUGUUCGUCGUGGUAACAUCACACUCGAAGAACAACUUUUGAUUCUCGAGCUUCAUAGUCGUUGGGGAAAUCGCUGGUCGAAAAUUGCUCAAUAUUUGCCUGGAAGAACGGAUAAUGAGAUCAAGAAUUAUUGGAGGACUCGUGUUCAGAAACAUGCGAAACAACUUAAAUGUGACGUCAAUAGCAAGCAAUUCAAAGAUGCCAUGCGCUACCUUUGGAUGCCGAGACUAGUGGAACGAAUCCAAGCCGCUGCAUCCACAUCCGUCGCGCAAACCACCAACACUAAUAAUGACUCUUCAAAUGCUACAUCAAUGGUCGCUCCGAACAAUACGACAUACGAUCUUAAUGACAAUUUUAUUUAUAACGCGAACGCGAACAUGAUGUUAGCUCCAACGAUCAUGAACACCAACAAUUUAUGCAGUUCGCACGUAACACAAAGUUUCACACCGGAAAAUAGCAGUAAUGGCACAACGGCCGCAUCAUCGGAUUCAUUUGGGACACAAGUUUCGCCUAUCUCGGAUUUAACUCAAGAUUAUUACAAUGUCCCGGUUGGUGGUAACAACAAUAUGAACCCUAAUUCUGAUUAUUACCAACAAGCUCAACAAUUUGGAUUUUCAGAUUGCAUCACUAGUCCAUCAGGUUUGUUCCCUCAAAUGGAUUUCAAUAAUUCCAUGGAACCAAACACACCUUGGAUUCAAGGGGACAAUUUCUGGAACGUUGAUAACAUGUUGCUCUUUCAACAACUCAAUGAGAACAUGUGA